GCCUGGUCUGUGUCAACGACGUCUCCUGCUACUUCUCACUGCUGGAGGGGGGGCGCCCCGAGGACAAGCUGGAGUUCUGCAAGUUCACGGCCCACGAGCGCUGCGCCCGCCGGGCGCCCCUCAGCUGCAUCAGCACCUACGCCAAGUCCCGCAAGGACACCAGUGCGCAGAGCCACGUGUGGGUGAAGGGCGGCUGCGAGGCCAGCAAGUGCGACAAGUGUCAGAAGAAGAUCAAGAGUUUCCAGAGCCUGACGGGGCUUCACUGCGUCUGGUGCCACCUCAAGAUCCACGAGGAGUGCCAGCCCAGCGUGCCCCCGACCUGCGACUGCGGGGCCCUGCGGGACCACAUCCUGCCCCCUUCGGCCAUCUACCCUGUGGUGCUGGAGAGACAGAACAGCCAGAAGAGCGAAGGCGGGACCCUGAUGGAGGAGACGCCGCAGCCCUGCACCACGCCCGAGGGCCAGGCGCUGCGGAUCAUCCCGGUGCCCGACACCCACCCCCUCCUGGUCUUCGUCAACCCCAAGAGCGGCGGGAAACAGGGGGAGAGGGUGCUCCGGAAGUUCCAGUAUCUCCUCAACCCGCGGCAGGUUUACAACCUGAUGAAGGGGGGUCCGGCCCCCGGGCUGAACUUUUUCCGGGACGUGCCGGAUUUCCGGAUCCUGGUCUGUGGGGGGGACGGCACCGUGGGCUGGAUCCUGGAUGCCAUCGAUAAAGCCAACCUGCCCCGGCGCCCCCCGGUGGCCGUGCUCCCGCUGGGCACCGGCAACGACCUGGCGCGGUGCCUGCGCUGGGGAGGAGGCUACGAUGGGGAGAACCUGCGGAAGAUCCUGAAGGACAUGGAGAGCAGCAGCCUCUUGCCCAUGGACCGGUGGCUGGUGCAGGUGACCCCCGAGAACCCCGCGGAGAAGGGGGACCCCGUCCCCUACGAGAUCAUCAACAACUACUUCUCCAUCGGCGUGGACGCCUCCAUUGCUCACCGCUUCCACCUCAUGCGGGAGAAGUACCCCGAGAAAUUCAACAGCCGGAUGAAGAACAAACUCUGGUAUUUUGAAUUUGCCACGUCCGAGACCAUCUUCGCCACCUGCAAAAAGCUCAAGGAAUAUCUGACUAUUGAGUGCUGUGAGCAGCCCCUGGACCUGAGUGGAGCCCUGUCGGGGGUCGCCGUCCUCAACAUCCCCAGCAUGCACGGCGGCUCCAACCUCUGGGGCGAGACCAAGAAGCCGCUGGGCGAGGCCCGGAAUGUGGGCGGCGGGAGCCAGCCCCAGGCCGUCACCGACCCGGAGACGCUCAAGACCUGCGUGCAAGACCUGAGCGACAGGCGGCUGGAAGUGGUGGGGCUGGAGGGCGUGAUCGAGAUGGGGCAGAUCUACACGGGCCUGAAGAGCGCAGGCAAGCGGCUGGCCAAGUGCUCGGAGAUCACGCUGCGGACCCUGAAGUGCCUGCCCAUGCAGAUCGACGGGGAGCCCUGGAUGCAGCCGCCCUGCACGAUCCGGAUCACCCACAAGAACCAGGCGCCCAUGCUCUUGGCCCCGCCCCCCCGCUCCUCCAGCUUCUUUGGCAUCAAGAAGGGACCCCAUGAGUCGUAGGGGGGGCCCAGUUGGGGGCCAAGGACCCCCCCGACCUGGCCCCCUUGGCUCGGAGCAGGGGACAGCCCAACCACAGGGCGCUGGUGGGUUUGGUUCCUGCCCCCCAGCAGCCUGGAUGCCCUGGAUAGACCCAUUAUGUCAUCGGGGGGGGUCACACCUGCGGCCCCACCAGCCAGGGCCCCUUCCCUGCCCUCGCUCCCCUGCUUGCAGCCCGGGCCGUCUGCGGUAGCGAGCAGGGGGCACACGGGGGCGUUGGUCUAUUCCCCUCCCCCCCCCCCAGCUGCUGAGAGCGCUGGCCCCCACUGCCCACCCGCCUCUUGGCUGUUUCUGCCCCAUGGUGGGGGGGGAAGGGGGCAUAUGUACCUGCCCCUCCUGUGCAUCUCUGGCCCCUGCAGGGAGUGGGGGGCAGCAGUGUGCUGGGCCCCUGCGUGUACCCUACAUUCCAGUCCCCCUAUUUAUUGCCCCCAUAGUCCAACACCCUCCCCCCUCGAGAUUUCAAGUGCCUCGUCUUACUAAUAAAGGUUGGAGUUUUUGUUCUUCCCC